AUGGACGGUCGAGAUUGCGAGAUGGCAAAAGAUAGUCCAUCAAGCUCGUCUUCAUUGUAUUCAGGCAGCAAGAUUAAAGAAAAUUCGACAGGUCGGAUUGAGACAGAGGAGGGACCCAAUACACCUGGUUCGAAGCCCAAAGAUACAGAAGCCCAUGGAUCAAGCUCUUCUCGGGAUCAUUCUUUCGAUCACGUUCUGGAUGAACUACCUUGGAGCAAUACCAUGCCGCCAUCAAAGCUGUGUGCCGUUUGUCAGAACAUGGUUGAUGAAUUGGGACGCGGUGAUUGGCUUAAACGAUCAAAAGAAAAUAACUACUUAUUUUAUGAUACGGGAAUACCUCAUGUACGGAAUCCACUAAGCAUAAAAACCUUGGCGCAAAAUGGUUGCUCUUUUUGUGCCACAUUCAAUCGCACAGAUAAGGAAGAGGAGUUUGAGGCAGAGAUCUCAGCAUACAUUGAUAAGUGGAGGGUCGAAUUCGGCGAAGCCCCGUUAGCGCCUUCGCGUGUAUACAUGGGAAUUCCUGCUGGUAGAAACCGCGGAAGUUUCCUCUCGGAAUUAAAGAUGAAGGAGCUUCCAAAGACGUUUUGUGAUGCCAUUGAACUUUGUAUGGAGUUGAACAUUGUCUAUAUUUGGAUUGACUCACUCUGCAUUAUACAAGAUGAUGAAGAAGACUGGAUGAGAGAGUCUGUCACUAUGGCCGAUAUCUAUGGCAGGUGCUUCCUGAAUAUUGCAGCAUCUAGUGCUAUUGAUGGCAGUCAAGGAUGUUUUUUUAGCAGAAGAGAUUCCCCAAGAUGUCGCAUCUCUCUAAGAUUCGGUGGAGAUAUCCACGCGUUGUAUCAUUGUACACCGAUAACGAAGCAUCCUUUGGAUUCUCAUAGGGUUUGCCCGUUAGAAAGUCGAGGAUGGACCUUACAAGAGCGUCUUCUCUCGCCACGAACUGUGCACUUUACACGAGAGGAAGUAUUUUGGGAGUGCCAUACCAAGUUUGUUUCAGAAAGCUCGCCUUUUUGCUCUAUUGAAACAGAAAGUCUAAGAAAAUACAAGCUUUCGAUUCGGAGCUGGAACAAGAUUGUUAGAAAUUACUCAGGCCGUCAUUUAACUUACGCAAAGGAUAGACUGAUUGCACUGGCCGGACUUGCAGAGGAAAUAAAGCAAGAGACGAAAAGUGAAUACUUCGCGGGAAUGUGGUAUAACAAUUUACUAGCGCAACUAUGCUGGUCUGUCGUUGGGCAUGACGUAUACCAAAGAAUCUCACCUCAACGAGCUCCAACAUGGUCCUGGGCAUCUGUACCAUCGCAGGUCAGAACCCUACCAUGGCGUGACACUGACAAAUUUGCGUUAUGCAAAGUUUUGAGAGUCGAGAAAUCGGCGUCUAAACAUCAAUCUGGCGAUAUGCCGGAUGGAUCACUCUGGUUAUCAUGCCCUCCACUCUUACUCGCCCAGAUUAUCCAACCAAGAACCAUGAGCAUGGGCGGCUUAUCCAUCACCCAUGUUUGGUUUAAAAUUGACUGUGUGGAAGACACUGUGCGUGUCAAUAUCUACAUAUUGCGACUUUUAAAAAACUACUGUUUAAUAUUGAGAAGUGUCGAAAAAUCGCAAGGAGUUUAUAUAAGAAUAGGCUUUUUAGUAUUCUACGAGUGUAGUCUAUUGAGUUACGACAACCCAAUAAAUUACGCAGAAGACAGUGCCUACAUUCCGAGGGAGAAACACCGUCUUGACACUGAUGAACAUGUUAUAAGUUUAGUGUGA